AGCUGACCUUUGAACUGAGUAUUUAUAAAGUUGGAUUCACUCGGAUACGCCCCCGGUACCGAAGAAAAGCUGUGCAAAAUGACAGCAAUUUCCUCUCAUUAUCAGACUGUUUAGUGAAUGUGUAAAUAUGUGAUGGAUUAAUCAGGAACAUGGCUAUCGUGGAUUAUUAUUUUCAAGAUGACCUAAUGCCUGUUAAGGCAUGAAAUUACCAUUGCAAAAGUCAGUGUUGAUAUUUGCGGGUCGCUCUCUUGAUUCUCUCAAUGGACUCCGCACACAAUACGGAUGAAUGAAUGAAUGAAAUAAUGAACACGAUUAUCACCGGCACCAAUUCGAAGCGAAGAAGCCACAAUGGAACACGGAAGUCGCUAAAGAAUCAUCUUUAAAAUCAUGAACAGUGCAUUUGUGACUCAACCAAAUCCAGAUGAUUCGUUGUUGAAUAAUGGAGAGGAUCAGCAACCAGGACACCGAGGAAAAAAUCAAAAUCUAGAACAUCUAAAUCUUCGAAGUGAGAAGGGGAGCGAUGAGAAAACGUUCGCUGCAGCGGCACUCGAGCGGGACGGCGGUGUGAUAACCGCCGGGAACUGGCCGCUGUCGGCAAGCGAGGAAAUGGGUGUUGUCAACGCAGAGCACCAUAUACCAGGGGAUAUUGGGGAGGGAAGGGUUGAAUUAGAUAAUUUAGCAGUGAAUUAUGAACAAGAAGUGUCCUCAAAUGUUGUCAGUGCCAGUGGUGGUAGAGCGUGCGAUAUUUUAUCCAAAGAAUUAUUGUCCACAAAAAGGAAAAAUGGCAAUGCAAUAAAUAAUCAUAUUGGAAGUGGAUCAAUUAUGAAUACAGAUUCGGUUGUCGUUGAGUCGAGCUCAAGUAUGAUACCUUCAAACUCUGACGAUCAGAAUAUUUCAUCCUCAAGAUCAAGGACAUUACAGAAUGAAAGUAUCGACACAAGAACUACAUGUAGUACUACUAGUAGUAGUGGAAAUCAAAGCGUUGCUUCAACAGACCCAGAUCAUGGAACCACAAUCUCCAUGUUUAACCACAGUAGAGGAAUAGAAACAGAAGUGAUAGUUAACCAACAGAGCAAUGGAGAUAGAGAUUUAAAACAAUCGUGCCCUGGAGGUGAAAGAAAUCAGGAAGUUACAAAUAUGCAAAUAAGCCAUGUUGGAGAAAUGACUCUAACAAAUAGUAAUCCGCCCCAAGAUGAAGAGUGUGCAGGAAAUGUAUCGGAAUCAAAAAGUGACUUACAAGUUCACAUAUCUAGGUCUUCAUCUGGUUUGCACAACUCAAAUGCGACAGUGGAGGAUGAUAAACACGAUAGUACUGCUUGUGUGGAGAGUGAAAGAAGCAGUCCCAAACAACGUUUCCCUACAAUGGAAUUAGAGGAAAGUACAUCUCCUGCAACCCUUGACGUCACCAGCUCUGAAGAAUGGGAGGAUGCAAGUUCUGAGCUGACUCCAAGGCCACAUUUCUUCAUUGAGAACCUUACUGAUUUGACUCCAAGUCCAAGCUCACAGCAAGCCUCGCAAUCCUCAUCAUCGUGGUCGAGUCAAAGGACGCUCUCUGUCUCAUCGACUCCGGUCGAGGCCGGAUCCAGUGCCAUCUCAGGGUCGCGUGAAGGUAUAUCUGAAACAGGAAAUGUUGUGUCUGUUAAAGGGCCAGUGAUGGCGUCUGUAGUGCCUGAUGAUAAAAACGAUACACCUACAAGGAGUAGGACUAGUACUGCAACAAGUCUUAGCACUGAUUUCUCAUCCAAUAUCUCCAUAGCAACAGAUGAUCUGAAUGAGGCCAUUGCAGACGGUCUUGUUUUAGGGGAAGAGGAUGUAGGUUUUGAGGAAGUGAACUUGGAGCAUGGAGAGAUGGGACAUCCUACUGGAGCAUCAGUUAUAGGCUCAGGAGCCAAACCAAAGAAAAGAGGCCUUGGAGGAUUUCUCACUAGGAACAUAUUCCGGAAAUCCCUAGGCAAGUCCUCCCACUCCCCGGGGGCGGAGUCCUCACCCCCUGGCUGGAAGCUCUUCGGGCGUGUCCCUGCCAAGGAGUCCAUGCAGAGGGACCACUUGCAGAUCUCGGAAGACUUUCAGAAGAGGGGUCAGACACACCCUCCUACAAGCUCGCUGACCUGGAAGAAGCGCCAUACCGGUCUCAAAGAGGCGUCCUCCACCACUGCACUCAUCCUCGAGAACCGUCCAGAAAAUCUACCAGCCAAGAAUCCAGAAGAGGAAGAGAAACACAAAGAGGAAUAUACCAAGAUGUUAAAAGAAGCCAAAAAGAAAGGUAAAACAAAAAGAAUAUUAUUGAUAUCAUCAGAAUGAAUAGAUGUCACUGUCAAUAACAAUAGUAAUAGGCAUUUAUGUAGUGCCAUCAAUCUAGAAAUAAUAUAUUUUGAGGCGCACUAUCAUUACCUUGGUUUUAGCUUGAGCAGCCUUCCAGGAUCGGUGCAUUCAAGAAAUGAAUCCAGCCGGGUACCCAUUCACUUCACCUUGGUUGAGUGCAGCACAAUGUGGGUAAAUUUCUUGCUGAAGGAAAACACGCCAUGGCUGGGAUUCGAACCCAUGACCCCCUUAUUGAAAGAUGAGACUCAGAACCACUAGACUACAACAACCCCAGAUUAUCAUAUCUGGUUAAUAUGCAAUAUAUAUAUGUUAGAAAUGAUUGUGAUGCAACUGAUUGUUCACUCUCAGUCUCAUUGCACUGCAUAGUGUAUUAAUUUUGUGUGUGUAUGAAUGUUGGAUGUGUGAUACUCUUGAAGGGGGUCCCCAGAAUUGAUACGUGAUGAACUUUUUUUGUUCUAAUUAAGGUAUGACUCAGAUAAUCAAACUAGAUUAACCAAUUUCAUCCAUAAACCACUAUGGAACUACAUGUAUGUGUAUGAAAUAAAGUCAUUUAGAGGGGAAAUAUACAUGUAAUAGUAAAGUUGACAUUUACAUGUGAACUCGAAAAAUACUCAUAAUUAUAUGCAAGGGCCAUACGUAUAAAAGAAUAGAUUAGUAAUGGUUUAUUGGCAAUACAUGAUUCGCAGCCAGUUGCUGAAAUAUAAAUGUUUACAAAGUAUAAGAACAUACAAAGAUAUCAUAAAAAGUGUAGAUAAAUUAAACAAUUUAGCAUUCAAUACAUAAAUUACACAGAAAGAUUAGACAAACGGAUCAAAUUACAUAAGAAGUUCUGAGUGUAAGAACAACCAGACCACAAUCCUCUGUGUCUGGUCCUUUAAAUUCUGAGAUAAGAUCCUCAUGAAAAAAUAUGAAAUCUAAAUUAAAUACCGUAUGAGAAAAAUAUGAUUUACAAGCUGGAGGGGGGGGGGGUUACAGUAAACUGAAAUAACUACUGCAAUAGAAAAAAUAAUAUAGGCUAGAUUUUUUUUUACAGUAAUAUGAAACCUUUAAUUUAUGCAGUGUGCUGGUACAUUGCACUCUGUGUAUAUUUGAAGCUUCAUGAUUAAAUACAUGUACCAGCAAAAGUAUAUGUACCUCAAGACCAACUGACUUCUGUUUGUUUUUUAUUAUCAUUCAACCAACAUUUUAUGGACACAACUGUAGAAAUAUGUGGUUUCAGUCAACAUUGUGAUUGUAGAGCAAUCAGUAUUUUUAUGUUGCUAUUAGAGCAACAUUAACAUGAAUCUUUGUGUAUUCUCUCUGUGAUAAGAUUUAAUUAACAUUAAUUUACUUUUAUGUUGCUUUUUAAUAGAGGAACAUUAACAUGAAUAUUUGUGUGUACAAUCUCUCAUUUUGAUGAGGAUAAUUUUCUUCACAAGUUCUUGGGAUAGAAUACUCUUUAAUACUGCUUGCUUCACCCCAAAGCAGUAGUACUAUGCAAGUAAUUUUGUCAAAGCAC